AUGCUCCUCCUGCGCCAAACGCAUACUUUGGUCUGCAAGACCCUUCUCAUUACCCUCUCUCGCCAUCGCACCCGUUCCUGGCUGGUCGCUUUCAUUAUCCCAAUCAUCUUGACUGCAUUUCUUGCUUUCGCUCGCAACCUGUUUGUGCCUGAUGCCCAAUUCGGUAUCGGUCACGUCCGUCCUUUGAAGUCCCUGCCCGAGGCCCUGAAGAUUGGCAUCGAUGCAGGAAGGAAGAACAUCGUUUUUAUCAACCAAGUGCAUGAUGGGGUUGGCAGUCAGGCUGUCGAUCAGGUCAUCGACCUGCUGAAGCAGCAGGCCGAGACGGUUUCCGGAGCAAGUGUCACUGUUUGGAGGGACGACAGCCAGCUUCCCUGGCUGUGCCGCGCAUCGCUCAGGGGCGUGACUCCUUGCUUUGGUGCGAUUCAGUUCAAGGGAGCUCCCGGAGAGGAUGGACAGGGCAUGUGGAAUUACACUAUUCGUGCUGAUGGCGCCCUGGGUUUUGGACGAAUCUAUGUCAAGAAUGAUGACAACGACGCUGAGGUUUACAUGCUUCCUCUACAGCGGGCUGUCGACAUGGCCAUCGCAAAGGUUAGCGGCAUUGAGUUUCCGGAGCUGCAGGACGAGUAUCCGUUCACGUCGAUGACCCAGGAUGAACGCAGGGACUACAUCCGGCAGCUGUUCCAGGAUGUGCUGAUCAACUGGCUGGGUGUUACCUUCAUUGUCGCACCGAUCUUUGUGGUCUACCAUCUGGCCGGUUUCGUAGCUACCGAACGGGAGUCUGGAAUUUCGACACUGAUCGACGCCAUGAUGGCCGCUCCAAGCCCCUGGCUGCCCCAGGCCGCGCGUUUGAUGUCGAACCACAUCGCCUUCUCGCUCGUCUACCUCCCCGGCUGGAUAGUCUCGUCGCUGACGUUGUGGUCGAACGUCUACCGCCAUACCAGUGCCGCCAUUGUUCUCAUACACUUUGUGCUGUCUGGUCUGGCGCUCGCUUCCCUAGCCAUCUUAGGGGCUUCUUUCUUCAAGAAGGCUCAGCUUAGCGGCGUGUCGAUUACGAUCAUUUUGCUCGUGUUAGCCAUCAUUGCACAACUUGUGUCAGAGCCAAACACCGCGACGGUUGUGGUACUUAGCUUGCUCUUUGCCCCGUGCAACUUCACCUUCUUCAUCAUCUACCUUUCGCGCUGGGAGAAGGAGCAGUUGAGCGCAGAUCUGAGCAAAGUUGCGCCUGAGUCGCCGUGGAACGUGCCUGGUAUCGUGUUUUGGAUAUUCCUCAUCAUCCAGAUUUUUGUUUACCCGAUCAUUGGCGCCUUUGUCGAGCGCUGGCUUCAUGGUACGGCUUCCAGUAGCCGCAACAUCGUCACUGAGAACAACCGCGGGGAUCUCGACCCUGAUGUUGCGGUCCGUCUUAACGAGUUCACCAAGAUCUACAGCCCCGGUCCCCUGCGUCGCACCUUCGCCUUCAUCUCCAAGCCCAAAGAUCCCGUCAUCGCCGUCAAUAAGCUCAGUCUUUCUGCCCGCCGUGGACAGAUCCUUGCUCUGCUCGGCGCCAACGGCAGCGGCAAGAGCACCACGCUCGAUACGAUCGCCGGCAUCAAUAAGGCAACGGCUGGUUCCAUCACCAUUGACGGCACCGGCGGUCUCGGAAUUGCUCCGCAGAAGAAUGUUUUGUGGGAUGAGCUCACUGUGGAGGAACACAUUCGCAUCUUUAACCGUCUCAAGUCUCCCGACAAGCCUGCCACGAAGGAAGAAAUUCGGGAGUUGGUCAAAUCCAUCGACCUGGAACAGAAGCGCAAGGCCCAGUCGCGCACCCUCUCUGGCGGUCAGAAGCGCAAGCUCCAGCUUGGUAUGAUGCUCACGGGCGGCAGUGCCGUCUGCUGCGUCGACGAAGUCUCGUCUGGUCUGGAUCCUCUCAGUCGGCGCAAGAUCUGGGACAUCCUGCUCGCUGAACGUGGCAAGCGGACCAUCCUGCUCACAACACACUUCCUUGACGAGGCCGACCUUCUGGCAGAUUACAUCGCGGUCAUGUCGCGUGGCACGCUGCGCGCACAUGGCUCUUCGGCUGAACUGAAGGCUCGUCUUGGCGGUGGCUACCGGAUCCAUGUCAACAACCUGCGCGGAAUCGCCAGUCUGCCGGAGAUAGAGGGCGUCACGAAGAAGGCUUCUCGUGAGGAGGCUGCGUAUGUCGCGCCCUCAUCGACCAUGGCGGCUGCUGUCAUCAAGCAGCUUGAGGCUGCUGGCAUCACGGAUUAUCGGUUUUCGGGCCCGACGAUUGAGGAUGUGUUUUUGACGUUAGCCGAGGAGAUGCAGGCUGGACAGCAGAGCGCGCUCCCGAGUUCUGCUGAUGAUGAAAAGUCGACUACGCAGGAACAGACUGUCACUGGGGAGGAGGCCGAUAAGUGUGAGGACCUGCAGCUGUUGUCUGGUCAGCCGGUUGGGUUCCUCCAGCAAGCUUGGGUGCUUUUCCGCAAGAGGGUUGUUGUUCUCAAGUCGAACUGGUUCCCGACCCUGGCGGCGUUUGCCAUUCCAGUUAUAGCUGCGGGCUUGGUCAUGCAGUUUGUCAAGGACCAGAAGGCUGUCGGAUGCUCUCCGGUUGAACAGUCGUCCAAGGAAGAGUCGGUCAAUAUAUUUGCCAGCGACUUCGAGCUCUUUGUGGUCGGCGGUCCGGAUAACAGAUUUACGAGGGAGAAUCUGGCUCGGCUGUUCGCUCCGAUCUUUAUCAACUCUGCCGGCGGCAGCUUGUUCGCCAGGGACACCAUCGACCCGACGGCUUUCUUGCGCAACAUCACAGCUGUUCCCUCGCUUGACGCUUUCAACCAGGCCGUUGUCGACUAUCGCAAAAACAUCACCCCGGCUGCCGUCUGGCUCGGCGAUGGCAGCUCUCCCCCUCUCCUUGCUUAUCGCGGUAAUGGUGCCCAAAUGGUCAACGCUUGGCUCGGUCAGUGGCUCAUGGACAUGAUGCUUGCCAAUACCACGAUCGCUUCGUCGUUCGUUGUCUUCGACACUCCCUUCGCCCCCGGCACCGGCAACUCGCUGCAGCUGCUCGUCUAUCUCGGUCUUGCCUUGUGCGCCUACCCGGCCUUCUUCGCCUUGUACCCGAAUCUGGAACGCCGCCGCUUUGUCCGUGGCCUGCAGUACUCUAACGGUGUAAGGCCCCUUCCUCUGUGGCUGGCAUAUACCCUGUUCGACUUCCUCUUCGUACUGGUUGGUGCUGUGAUUGGGAUUGCAUUGUUCGCCGGCAUCAACCCUGAUGUGUGGUACCACGUUGGGUAUCUCUUUCUUGUUCUCAUCCUCUACGGUCUGGCGUCGAUCCUCCUCGCAUACAACAUCGCCCUCUUUACUCGGUCCCAACUCGCCGCUUAUGCCUUCACCGCAGCCGGUCAAGUUGUCGCGCUUCUCCUGUAUAUCGUCGCGUACAUGUGUGUCAUCGCGUACGCCCCGGUCCACAAGGUCGAUGAGCAGCUGGUUAUCGUACACUUCACUAUGUCCUUGAUUGCCCCGAUCACCUCUGUGGUCAGGACUCUUUUCGUUGGCCUCAAUAUCUUCUCGACGGCUUGCAACGAAUGGGAACUCUCUACCAACCCUGGCGGCAUCAUGUACUACGGAGGCCCGAUUGUCUACCUCAUCGGCCAGUCUAUCGUUCUGUUCUUCACCCUCGUCUACUUUGAUGGCGGCAGCGCGGGCUACAAUCUACGUCGCAUCUUCUCCCUGUCCGCCCCCUCUUCCCUGGCCAACGACUCAUCUCGUGAUCCCCCCUCCGACGAGGAAGUCGCCGCCGAGCUCCUCCGCAUCAAGUCGACGACGACCGCCACUGACGCCAAUGCCCCUCCAACCGACGGCCUCCGCGUCCUCAACAUCACCAAGACCUUCGGCCGCGGUGCUCGCGCCCUCACUGCCGUCGACAACGUCACCUUCGGCAUCCCGCACGACACAGUUUUCGCCCUGCUCGGCCCCAACGGCGCCGGCAAGUCGACCACCAUCUCUCUCAUCCGCGGCGACAUCUCGCCGUCCCCCGGCUCCGGCGACAUCCUGAUCGAGAACGAAUCAGUCACGCGCAACCUGGCCGCCGCGCGCGCCCAUCUCGGUGUCUGCCCCCAGUUCGACGCCAUCGAUCUCAUGACUGUCCAGGAACACCUCGAGUUCUACGCCCGCGUCCGCGGCGUGCCCGAUGUCAAGCACAACGUGGACGCCGUCAUUCGCGCCGUCGGCCUCGAGCCGUUCCGUACCCGUGCUGCGCACGCCCUUUCUGGGGGUAACAAGCGCAAGUUAUCCUUGGGCAUCGCGCUCAUGGGUAAUCCGGCUGUUGUCCUACUGGAUGAGCCCUCGUCUGGCUUGGACGCGGCCGCGAAGAGAGUCAUGUGGCGCACGCUGGCUGCGACAGGUAAGGGGCGCAGUUUGUUGUUGACCACGCAUAGUAUGGAAGAAGCAGAUGCGCUCGCGUCGAAGGUGGGUAUCCUCGCGAGGAGGAUGCUUGCUAUGGGCAGCGUGGAGGGCCUGAGACGCAAGUGGGGUGAGAGGUUGUACUGCCAUGUGGUGUGUGCCGAUGGCGUUGAUGUUGAGAGGGUCAGGAGCUGGGUCAAGAAGAGGUUUGGUGAUGGUGUGGAGAUGGAGGAGAGGAGUUUCCUGGGGCAGGUUAGGUUCAGUGUGCCGAUUCAGGCAAUCAUGUCCUCUGAGAAGCAAAAUGAUACUGUUGGAAGCAGCGGCAGUGUCAUCGGCAGGAUGGUGGUGCUGCUCGAGGAGCAGCGUGCCGCGUUAGGUAUCGAGCAUUACAGUGUUAGUCCGGCGACGUUGGAUGAGGUGUUCUUGGCGGUUGUGGGCAAGCAUAAUGUACGCGAGGAAGGGUAUGAAGCUGAGAAGGAGAAGAGGUGGUGGGAUUUCUCGGCCAUUUGGAAAAGGAGGUAG